AUGACUCUGAAGUUAGUCAAAGCAAUUUGGGAUUUUCUCAAGCAGGAGUAUGAAGGAAAUAAGAAAGUCAAAGGGAUGCAAAUGUUGAAUUUGAUUAGGGAGUUUGAGAUGCAGCAGACGAAUGAGUCAAAAACAAUCAAAGAGUAUUCUUACAGACUUCUAAGCAUUGUCAACAAUGUGAGGUUUCUUGGAAAAAAGUUAUCUGAUAUAAUAAUUGUCCUAAAAAUACUUGUUAAUAUUCCUAAGAGGUUUGAAUCCAUCAUUUCUUCUUUGGAAAAUUGCAAAGAUAUGUCAAAUAUUACUUUGUCUGAAUUGGUGUAUGUUUUGCAAGCCCAAGAACAAAGGAGACUUAUGAGGGAGGAAGGCACAGUUGAAGGUGCUUUACAAGCUAAACUGAAGCUCAAUCAUGGUUACAAAGGAAAGAAGAAAAAAGCUCAAUGGAAUAAUUUUAAGAAAGGAGAUAGCUCUAAUAAAAUGAGUAAAACUGAAUAUGAGAAGGCAUAUAAUCCUCCAUGUCAACAUUUUGGGAAAAGGAACCAUCUGCAUUUCAGAUGA